CCUCUUCGCAAUCUUACACUUUCAUCUAUUAUCAUUCACCACGCACUCUGUUACUGCUCUUCAUUAUCUCUCUAGGGUUUCCAGAUUCUUUCGCAGAGAGAGAAAGCUUCUCAAAUAAAUCUCAUUCCAACUCAAAUUGCGUCUUUCAUCAGAUUCGGAUCGUCCAUUUAUCCGACCAGAACUCAAUCGCCUACACCGCCUCCUCUACGCUCAUUCCGAUUCGAUCCAUUUCUCGUUCGGACCUCCGAUUCCGCAGAGAUCCGUAAUUCUUUGAAUAUUCUCUUUACGCAUUUUUUAAUAAAGUUUGGUGGUCGAUUUUAGAUGGUAUGCAACGGUUAUUUAAGGAGUGUUAUUGUAGGAGCUGCGAGAGUAGGAAUAUUGACGAGAAGGAAAGUGCAAAUAAGCCACACUCAGAGGAGUUUGCAUGCGUGUGUCCACGUAAAUUGCACGUGGAACUGCGGAUUUAGAAGGAGCUUAAAGAUGAUGGUCGAUUCAUCAGGUGCAGCAGCGAAACGCAGGAUGAUUGUCGAUAUAUUGCCGGAGAAAGAAGAUGAGCGUGGAUAUGUCAGUGGAGGAUGGAAAAGUGAAGAUGGAAAACUGAGCUGUGGUUAUUCGAGUUUUAGGGGAAAGAGAGCAACAAUGGAGGAUUUCUUCGACAUUAAGACUUCCACAAUUGAUGGGCAAGCUGUCUGCAUGUUCGGAAUCUUUGAUGGUCAUGGUGGUUCUCGUGCUGCUGAGUAUUUGAAGGAACACCUAUUUGAGAAUCUUAUGAAGCAUCCACAAUUCAUGACAGAUACUAAAUUGGCAAUAAGUGAAACAUAUAAACAGACUGAUGUCGAUUUUUUGGAGUCUGAAAGAGAUACUUUUCGAGAUGAUGGUUCUACUGCUUCAACAGCGGUAUUGGUUGGUAACCACCUAUAUGUUGCCAAUGUUGGAGAUUCAAGGACUGUGCUAUCAAAGGCUGGUAAAGCUAUUCCUCUCUCUGAGGAUCAUAAACCCAACAGAAGUGAUGAGCGGAAAAGAAUUGAAAAUGCUGGUGGUGUUGUAAUGUGGGCAGGCACUUGGAGAGUUGGAGGUGUUCUAGCUAUGUCACGUGCAUUUGGUAAUCGUAUGUUGAAGCAAUUUGUUGUUGCUGAACCUGAUAUCCAGGAUCAAGAGAUAGAUGAAGAAUUUGACUUGCUUGUGCUUGCAAGUGAUGGGCUAUGGGAUGUAGUGCCCAACGAGGAUGCUAUUGCACUUGCCCAAACGGAAGAAAAACCUGCAGCUGCAGCUCAGAAAUUAGCAGAGACUGCUUUUGCCCGUGGCAGUGCUGACAAUAUAACCUGCAUCGUGGUGAGAUUUUGCCAUGGUGGUGAUGCAGGUCCAGUUGAUCGCCAGCCUGAUUAGACAUCUUAAUUUUAUGUUGCAUGUGUAGAUUUUUAUUGAAGCAGCAGUGCAGGUAUAAAUCUUCGUUCCGAAUCUUGCACAUGCAUGUUGGAUGAAUGUGCAUAGCCAAAAAGAAGGCAAUUUAUUUAUUCUUCAUUGUUUUGUUUGUAAUUUGCUCUUGUAAUGAAUACAUGAACCAUUUUUAUGUUCAUUCCGUAAAUUUCUGCCUGCA